GUGAUUCCGGCUUCGAGCAAUUCCAAUGAUAAACAAAAACCGUGCAAACAAUGCAAGAAAUAAAAAGUGAUUUUUAAAUCGGGGGGUGGAAGAAAAAAAAAAUAACAUUUUUCUUUUGUACUUAGUAUGGUAUUUGUUAGAGAAGGGUCGUCCUUCGAGAUAUCGUCUCGGCUGGACGCUCACCAUCUCUCUUUUCACGGCUGGUCGACCCCAUAUCGUCUGCUGAAGAAAUGACCGAGAAGAGUAAGCCCAGAACUGUUCAAGACAUGGAUUUUCUCCGGUCCACCUUACCUCGGACGAUGCUGCUCGUGAUUAUGAUGGGGAUGUCGGCGUUCUUUAAAUCUGUACUUUGUGCGGAGAACAAUAAUUCUAGCGAUCCAACAUCUUCACUUGUCACGGAUUCAAACUGUGGUGGAAUGUUGAUGGGAUCUGAGUUUUCUCUCAAAAGUCCAGGAUAUCCCGUACAAUAUCCCUCCAAUCAACAAUGCGAUUGGAAAAUCCUGAGGAUGUCAAAGAAUGUAUGUGGACUAGAAUUGACGUUUCAAGGAUUUGACUUGGAGCCAAGUGACAACUGUACUUAUGAUUAUCUACAAGUAGAUGGGAGCAGAUUGUGCGGAAAAAUUGCGGACGGAGCUGUGCGAGUCUUUAUGUUUGCUGAAAAUGACACAACUAUAAGGUUCGUUAGCGACAAUCAAAACACCAGAUCAGGGUUCGAUAUCAGGAUUCGUCAGAUCACUAUCUGCACUCCUGAAGCUAAAGUUCCUGAGUUUUCAUGUAGUAGAACAUUCGACCAAAAAGAAUUUUUCAUUCGCAGUCCUGAUUAUCCCGGUAAUUAUAGCGACAACUCCAACUGCACGUACAGAGUGCUCAGAUCAAGUAAACGAGUAUGCGCCUUGAAAGUUACUUUCGCUACUUUUAGUUUAGAGGAAAGUGUCAACUGCAAAAAUGAUUAUUUCAAAGUGGAUGAUCGUAAAUUCUGUGGUAAACUGGAAGACGCUACAACCCAAACAUUUCCAUUUCAAGGAGCGGAAAAGAUGCUUUCUUUCUAUUCAGAUUCCAGUGUAUCCGGUUCAGGUUUUUUUGCUCACGUUCAACAAGAAGAGUGUGAUCCACGUUCGUUGGCCAGUCCACAGGAAGAAUGCUCUUUGGAAACAAACAAGACUGAAUUCGAAUUGAAAAGUCCCCGUUAUCCAACUGAUGCCUAUGGAGAUGAUCUUAACUGCCAAUACAGAAUAUUAAAAGCUUCUCCUUCUGUGUGUGAUCUAGUCGUUACCAUUUUGGACUUUCAGUUGCAGGAAGGUGAAGUCUGUGAAAAUGAUUUUCUUCAUAUUGCUGAAGAACGUCUUUGCGGCACAAUUGAAAGUGGAAUGACAAGAACAUACUCAUUUGGAGAAAAAGAAGAAAUCAUAGCCCAUUUCGAAACAGAUUCAUCUAAAGGUGACAAAGGCUUUCACAUUUCAGCCGUGCAGAGAGAUUGCAAUGACACGGCCACAAAUGACACAAAUAAACAGCGAAAGGCACAAGCUGCUGGAGAUUGUGACCGAACCAUCACGAGUGUCGAAGAUUCGAUUCGGAGUCCCAAAUUUCCAGAACCUUAUCCAGCUGAUGUUGAUUGCAGAUGGAUGGUGCUGAGAGCAGAUCCCAGAUAUUGUGAGUUAGAAAUUACAAUCCACAGCCUCCAUAUCCAAGUCGGAGAAAGCUGUCAAUUUGAUUACCUUGAAGUAGAUGGCCAUAGAUUUUGUGGUAGCACUACAGCAGGAAAUAAAAGAAUUUUCUCCUUCAAGACAGAAAUGAUUACUGUGCAUUUCCAUUCUGAUAGUACAGUUAACGACAGAGGGUUUGAAGUGACAUUAAAGCAGCGAGAAUGUCCAACAACUACAACAGCCGUUUCGUCAACAUCAUGUGAUCAAGUAUUUGAUAGCAAACAUUUCAUUCUUGCUAGCCCUAAUUAUCCCAGUGACUACGAUAAUGGCCUUCUGUGCAGGUACAUUAUCAGGAGAAGUGAUGAAAACAUAUGUCGUUUGGAAAUGGAAUUUUUAAAAUUUGAUGUUGAAUCAAGCAGCGAUUGUGAAUAUGAUUACCUAUCUAUAAACGGAGAAAAAAUUUGUGGUCUUAUUGAAAAUACCACAAGAACGUACUUAUUCCAAGAUUAUGAGAAGCAGCUUACAUUCCAUACAGAUUCAGGAACUUCUAGGCCGGGAUUCAUGAUUCGUGUUCAGCAAGUCGACUGUUCAGCUGCCACAACUGAGCUACCAGUGCCACCCUCCAAACCAUGUGAUUUGCACUUCUCAACAGCAACCUUUGAGAUUCGCAGUGACAACCAUCCCAAUAAUUAUGAUUCUCACCUCAGGUGCGUCUAUACUGUCUCAAAAGCACAUCCGGGUGUCUGCGCCAUUGAAAUGACCUUUCUGACGUUUGAUGUUGAAGCCAGUGAUGGUUGCCAAUAUGAUUAUCUUAAAGUACAAGAAGAGAAACUUUGCGGAAUAUAUCCAACUAACUUAAAGCGUAUAAUACCUUUUGAAGGUCAAGAUGUUGUCUUCGAAUUUCAUUCAGAUGCAGCUACCUCUCGUCCAGGAUUUCACAUUCGCGGACAACAGAUGGACUGUGCACCAUUACCUGAUCAAAAAACUCCCCCUCCGAGAAAAAUUGGAGGUUGUGAUAUGACCUUUGCAAAUUCUAGUGGCACAUUUCAAAGUCCAGGAUUUCCUGAGCCUUAUCCAGAAUCACGUAGAUGUGUUUACCGUUUCGUGGCUGAACCUAAUCAUUGCAGAGUCUCUUUCCAAUUCCUGGAGUUUGCGCUACAUGCUGAGAAUGCUCUGUGCGAAACAGACUUCGUGCGUAUAAACGGCAUCAAGUAUUGUGGUCCGCAACUGCUUGGGCAAAAAAGAACUUUGACAUUUUAUGGAUAUCCAAGAGAAGUUAAUGUUACGUUCGAAAGUGAUGAUUCCAUAUCUGACAAAGGAUUUUAUGCAGUGUACAAACAGCUACCCUGCUCACCAGCUCUUGCUAAAGUUCCAUCUGUACGAACGGAAGGAAAAGGACGAAACUGUGAUCGCUUGUAUGCAUCGCUUGCCUUCAGCAUUUUGAGUCCCAUGCAUCCAGAAAACUACCCAUCUGAUGUAGAAUGUAAGUACACCAUUAGGAGAUUAGGACCACGGAUCUGUCGACUCAAGCUCUCAUUCCGACAGUUCGAUGUUGAAUCAAGCGAAGGAUGUGAAUACGACUAUUUGGAAAUCGAUGGUCAGAAAACUUGUGGUACCUUGAAUGCAGGGCAUGUUCAAAUGGUUGAAUUUAGAGAUUACCAAACAAAGUUCGUAUUUCAUUCUGAUUCUGCGAACACAAGACCCGGAUUUGUAAUCAAAGUUGAACAAGAAGAAUGUCCAGAUGCUCAAUCAGCAAUAAAAGGUGCACCCCCUGCUCAGCAACCACCUAAAAUGCAACCUCACUUUGAGCUUCCAAUGCAUCAACAACCUAAAGGACAACAACAUUUUGAGCUACCAGUACAACAGCCACCGAAUUUUCAGCCAAAUUUCCAACCACAUUUUGAACCUCCUGUUGCUGAACCUCCACCAGUGGAAGAACAUUACCUUUAUCCUCCUGGACAUGUAGAUUAUGAACAUUUAGUCGAUUAUCCAAUAUUCGAAGCAACAGCGUUGCAGAGGACUUUACAGACUGCCAACCAAAACUGUGAUCGGACAUUUCAACGUCCAGAAUUCGAAAUCAGGAGUGUGAAUUUUCCUAUGCCAUAUCCAAACGGUGUGAAUUGUCGUUACUUGGUCAAGAAGGCUUCAGAUGACAUAUGCUGGGUGAAACUUGUAUUUUUACGCUUCGAUCUCGAACCCAGUGAUGAUUGCCAUUUUGAUUAUCUCAGCAUCAAUGGAAGAAGAAUUUGUGGAACACUUCAAGAGGAUGAGAUUAGAGCCUAUCUGUUUAAUUCCGACGAAAUCACGAUGUAUUUCCGUUCUGAUGGUGCCAAUGCCCACAAGGGUUUCCUGAUUCGAGGAGAACAACUGAAAUGCAAACCAAAAACACCGGAAGUUCCAGUCCAAAAUAAAACUGGACCUUUAAGGUGUGAUUCUUCGUUUGAUCGGGACAUUUUCGUCUUACAAAGCCCAGGUUUUCCAAAUGCCUACCCGCCAUUACAGCAGUGUACUUAUACAAUUAAGAAGUCCAAUCGUUAUGUAUGUGGUUUGCAAAUGACUCUGUUAUCUUUUGACAUUGAAAAUGAUGCCUUUUGUCAGAGGGACUAUCUGCAAGUUGAAGGAGAGCGAUUGUGUGGUCCUAUACCUACUAGAACCAUCAGAAAUGUUCCAUUUGCUGGAGAAACUAUAACUAUAAAGUUUAGAUCUGACACAAAAAAUGAGCGACCAGGAUUUUCAAUACUUGCAAAUCAAAUGGAAGAUUGCGAAGAUAUCAGGAGAUCCGCAUCUUCCGUCAAUGAGUGUCAUCAAGAUUAUUCUGCAGAAUCUUUCUUACUGCAAAGUCCUGGUUUUCCUGAAGAAUAUCCUCCAGAGUCUUUUUGUGAAUUCCGCAUAAGGCGCCGUUCUCCAGCUCAUUGUAGGAUGGAGUUAAAAGUAUUGAGUUUUGAUUUAGAAGCAGGAACUGAUGAUCGAUGUGAUGCAGAUUAUUUAGAAUUGCCUGCCGGGUUCAAACUCUGCGGUCAACUACCAAAAGAUCAUACAGAUAACAUCUUCUUUACUGAAGACGAAGUAGUACUAUCCUUCAAAUCAGAUGGAACAACUCAACGACCAGGAUUUUCUAUUCAAGUUCGACAAUUACAAGAAUGUGGAUCCACCAUGAAAAAUAUAACGUUGCAAGUGGAUGACAAAUGCGGUGGGGUGUAUGAGAGUGAGGAAUUUUCCCUAAAAAGCCCUGGAUUUCCCAACGAUUAUCCUCACGACGCCCACUGUGAUUAUCUCAUCAAGAAAGCGUCAGAUUCAGUCUGUGGAUUGGAGCUGAAAUUUGCACACUUUGACAUUGAGAAAGGGCCUGAUUGUAGCUACGAUUACCUAGAUAUUGGGCAUAAAUCCAUUUGCGGGCAACUUCCCUCAGGAUUCACACGUGUUAUUCCGUUCGAUAAUCCAGAAAUUCAGUUCACCUUUAAAUCAGAUAAAGGAACAUCAAAAAGUGGGUUUGCUAUCAAGGUCAAGCAAAGGUCAGACUGCGCCACAACGUGGAAACCAGUCACUCCCCCCACUCGAAUGUGCGAUCACUGCCUAAAAGAAAGUCGGGGACAUGUCAUCAGUCCUGAUUAUCCAGACAAUUAUCCAUCUGGUCUAAAAUGCACGUUUCAUUUGCAAAGAGCCAAGAGUUUCUGUGGAUUGGAGAUAUUCUUUCAUGAUUUUCAACUUCAAGAGACACCAGGCUGCUCUGGAGAUGCCCUUGUAGUGUCUGGAGAAAGGUUUUGCGGGGACACAUUAAAAGGAAAAAUGAAGAAAAUAGACUUUCCUAUAGGUGAACCAAAUGAAGUUGUUAUCGAACUAGAAACUGACAGCGAAGGUUCUGCACAAGGAUUUCAUGCAGAGUAUCGCCAAAUAGCUUGCAGAGGCUAUCCUUGGCGUCAAGGACGAUCACAGUGGGUGCCAUCGAAUGCCUCUGACUGGACAAAAUCCGAAUAAUGUAAAAAUGAUGAUACUGAGUACAAAGUCCAACCCUCUACUACAGAGAAAUCAUUCUCAUUUCAGUGCAUUUAUAAAAAUGUAAUGUAAUUUCCUUAUACGUUCCCGGAUGGUCUAGUUCACGUGCUUCAAAUACGGCAUCUCCCAUCGGGCAUAGGCUUACCAACGUACUGGGAAACGUACCUCAAAAACUGGUAGUAAAAGGUAUUCGAAAAUUCUCCCCUGUACCUUUCAAAUUUAAAGAAAUAAUUUCUAUAACAAACUGGAAAGGCAUAACAACCAAUUUUCUAAUGUACUUUUACAUUUUUUACUUCCAGUUUUCAAGUUUUCCUAGAGUGCUGGUAAGCCUACCAGGGAGUGGCCCCAUUUAAGGGAAGAGAUAAGCAUUUCCAUCGACUAAGUAAUUGAUCUAAAGGCAAAAAACUUUGAAAGGGGUGUACUUUAAAUGUGCAAAUAUUCAGGCCUGAAGAAAUUAUUUCUAAACUGAAUAUUUAUUCAAAUGCAAGGUUUCUUAAUUCAUAAAUCAUUUAAAUAAAUGUAUAAAAUUCGGGGUCCGGUGAAACAUUUCAUACUUAGGAAAAUAAGGAUGAAAACUAUAUAAAGCAAAUGAAAGAAAAAAAGUAUCUCUACACGCAUUUCCCCACUGACACGGAAUCAUUAACAUUGAAAGAAAGAUUUGAUUUUUAAAAAACUGCUUUUAACAAACAGGCAUAAAGUAUUAGUAGAAUAAUUUCAUUUCUGAAAUCUAUUCUUAUAAAACAAGAUAUUACUUUACAAUUUAUUUACAUUAGAGUUCUUGAGCACUUGGAAAAAUUUUACUGUAAACAACAGGGAAAUGUAUUUUACUAUAUUUUUAACAGUCACAGUAUUUCAAUAACUGAAGUAAGUAUAUCUAGAUUCAAAAGAGCAAUGUCAAGGAUGCCAACUUGCCCAACUUUGUGGAAAUCUUCAUCGUUUUAUGAAAAAUUUUGUUGAAACAGAGUUAGUUGGCAUCCCUGUAAAGAUUUGAUCUUUUAAUUCUAAAUUGUAAGGUAACAACGAGAAUAUUGUAAUGAGCUCUUUUAAUGUUUGUCAUGCCACUUGUUUUUAUUAAACUAUUUAUUGAAUGAAAAAGUUGAGGAACUUGUUGCAAUAAUACUGUAAGUGCAGAUUCACAAAUAGUCGGUGCUGUGCCAAUUGAAAUUUAAAAUAUCACUAAGUAUACGUAGUUCUCCCUCAUACUAUUUACCAUUAUCACAUAAGAGAAGACUGAUUUUACAUUCGUGUUCGCACAAACAGAAACAGCCAUAUUGUCCAUAUUCAAAAAUUCAAUAAAAUAAAAUGAAUUAUUAUUAUUAUGGUUAUUGCACCAAGCCCCUCAAAACACAAAACUUAAGUUUUUAACGCUUUACAAUUUAUAUUUAAAAAAAACUUAUGUCUUAGGUUAGAAAUAUUUAUAUUCCUUUUCCUUUUUCAAUUAUUUAAUAUUUGGUUUUCUGUUUAUAUAAAUAACUCAUGCAGCACAAAAGAUACCAGAAAUGGUUCUUUGAAAAUAUUCUUAUGCUUCAAAAAUUAUAAUAAUAUAGCGGAAUAUUAGUUUCAAUAAAAAGUGCGAAACUUAAAAAUUUUAUGUGUAAUUCUAAAAAUUGUGUACAACUAUCUAUUCUUUUAAAACCAUUAAAGAUUUAGUUACAUUUUUGUAUGAAGUACAAAAGCUAUGUCUUAAUCCAUAACUUGUAUAUAGAAGAAAAAUGUUUUGCCAGUUAAUAAAAUCUGUUUACUUUUUA